AGGAAGGCACUUUGAGCAGUGUAUGUGUGAGUAUAUUGGUCAUGGCCUCAAGCUUUUCUGGAUGGCUAUGAACUUGAAUAGCCAUCAAUGAAGGACUACAACACGAGAUGCCACUGGGGAACCUGCACAGCCUGUCCACACCUUUUUCAAAGGUCAAUGACCUCUGAGAAGGGACUGAUCCAGUUUCACUUGGAUUUGUCAAUGAAACUGAACUUUCAUUUGUCGUUUUAUGAGCGCUUUUAUCAAGUGAGGAGAUGGCCAAGGUGUACAGAGUCUGUCUGGUAAUAAUAACGGCUCUGGCUUUGUGCAAACACUCUCUGGCUGAGUGGAAUGUGACCGGGGAGUCUGCCAAUGGCACUGUGACAGACUGUCAUCAACAUGGCGACAGAAACAAUUGCACAGCAAACACAGAGGAUACAGAUGAGUGGAGCGGCCACCUGUCCAAAUGUCCGGAGGAAUUUUCACAUUUCUGCAUCCAUGGGGAAUGUCGUUACGUCACAGAACAGAAGACAGUUUCAUGCAGAUGUACGCAAGGCUACCAUGGUUCUAGGUGUGAAUUUGUGGACAUUGACUGGCUGAUAGGAGAUAAGCGGCACAUCAUUAUUGUCGGAGUCGUUGGAGGCCUUGUUUUACUCAUUCUUCUCAUUGUGUUCAUCUGCUUUUUUUCACAUCGCAGGUGCAGAUUGCCUUGGCGGCGGAGAAGACGGAGAGAAGAACCGAGGAACGGGACAGAAAAAAUUAGCAUGAUGGACAAGAGUGCAGCACACGUAAACUCAGAAUCAGCAGAGCCGGCACAAACUGAAGCUGUAUGAGAGGCUCUUUUCCAGGAUGUGUGCGACCACAAACCCAUGGACUGUUUACACACGAGGGGUUUUGUCCUUAAAUGUGACAGCUGCUGCCUUUUGUCUCACAAUGACAGCAGUGCCCUGUCCCUUCAGAGCUGGAUUGGGUGAAGGCCUGCUCAAAGCAUGGUCAUUUAUGGAUAAAGUUUGUGCCUUUCUGUGUAAGAUCAAGCCGGAGCACAGGCGUUUGGAUCCCUCCAUAAAAAGCAGCCCUGUCUGGGAGUUUGAUGAAGCUUUGGAAUACAGAAGAUGCCAUCCUGGAUUUAAGAUAAACACAAGGCUGGAGAGGAGUUUUUUCCCCAAUGGCACAGAGCCACAUCCAUUUGUAGCCUUUGCAUAAGCGCUGCUGAUAGCGAAGCGCUAAACAAAUUGUUGCUGUGUUGGAAAAACUGAGGCAGCAGCUGUCAGCCGGUGAUAACAGUUCAGAGAGUUAUAAGUAAGCAUGCAAAAGAGUUUGACGCUGAAAAAUGAGACGAAAGGGACUGACUGACUGCACUAUGUUUCUUUGAGUAAAACUUAAAUCAUUUAAAGUUUUAAAGUAGGGAAUUUAACUAGCACCAGCAGUUACACAAUGCUGAUUAAUACUGUAAUGCUGCCUCUCAAACUCCUCAACAUAAGCAAUGCAAGAAAAACUUCUAUAUACCAAACGGUGCAUUUCUGGACUCCUGGGGUUAGAGGAGGACAAGGAGAACUUGUGCAGCAGGCUUUUUUGAACUGUAUAUUUGGAGCCGAGCAGCGUCCGAGCUUAAGGGGCAGAACAGCUGAUCCAGUGUGUGGAGGCUCCGAUGAAGUGAAAGUGUUCCACUGUUUGAGACAGUGAAAACUGCCAGCCUUUCACCGGGCUUUUAAUGUGCAUCUGUGUUAAGAUAGAACAUAUAAAUGUAGAGUGAAGAGAGUCAGUGAUGUCCGUUCAAAUGGCACUCAGCAAUAAACAAAUCUACUGUUAAAGUGCUGUCUGCGGUUACUAUGACUACGGAUCAAUGCAAUAUUACCACCCCAAUAAAUAAACAACAGCGUA